UUCGUUCCCAGUUUUGAAAUACCCGGUGGACUUCGAAGUGGUAAAAUUACUUUGCGUUGUCAGUUGGGUAAAUUAAAGCGGGAUUUAACCACGACAAUUUCAAAUCGCACUGAACCGGAAGAACCCAUCACUAUGGUACCUUCAGUUCCGGAGGUUGGGAAAGCGAUGCAUUUCACAUGUCAAUUCGAUAACCUCCAAAUGAAUUCACCUCAGGCCGCUUUGCAUCGAUUAGUACGGACGUCGUGGCUUAAUUAUGACAUCACUGUGAGUUAUGUGCAAUUGCUAACACGCCGUCGACGCAAGUGGAUUCGGACACCGGAUCGUCAGUUACGCAUGAAUGGAAUGGGAUUGUGGGGAUCCAACUCGCUUGGUCGAACAACAAUGUUGACAACCAACACAUCGAGCAAUGCCGCUGUUGGUUUCACAAUUGCCAAGGCAAAAGAAUUUGAUGUCGGAACGUACUUCUGUACAUCGUUUACACAAAACAAAACACAGCUUCAAGCAAAUCAGUUCACGAAGUUGGUAUACGGAAAGGACAAAAAGGUUACAAUUGCGUACAAAUCCAUAGCAAACUCGGAGGUUUGGCUCAGUCAUUCGGUUUCCAUUCAACCAGGUGACCUGAUACAUUUCCGAUGUGUACUUUGGUCGACCAAUCCAUCGAAUCGCGAGGCUAAAAGUUUCAAAAUUAGACCAGAGACAGAUUCUGCCGUUAACAAUCGCACAACCUAUAUCUCUCCAUAUCCGAGCAGUAUGAUUUUGCGUGUUAUCGAUGAAUACAGCAAAGCGUCGGAAGUUGGCGAAUUGACUCAACGUUCUUGCAGUUAUAAAGACCAUUCUGGAACAUUCGGAAAGGAAUUGCGCCGUAUAAAAGUGGAGUGUAAACAACCGAGAAUCACUUGGGAACCACAGAACAAAGAGAGCUAUACAUUUUCCGAUAUAAUCACUUGUCAAGUUGCAUCAGGGUGUGAUAAAGCUAAGAUAGAAUGGACGUGGGUAGCCGGACCAAUUCCACAAUUAACAAUAGAAAGUGAUCGAGUUCCGACAGAGCGGAUUGGUCAAAAUGGAGAAAAACUUGUUCUUUCUUUACUGCCCAGAGGAGGGAAUUAUUUGUUUCGUUGCACAGCAUCUUGUUCCUGUAAACAGCGAACCAUAACUAACUCGGCGCAAAUAUCCAUUUUGGUUGGAUCUGAUUCCAUUCCAUCUCAAUCAGACAUGAUGGACGAUGCACUGGGUUUGGGAGGUAUAUCUCAACUGGACGGACUGAGAAAAAAACAACUGGACUUAUUAGGCGCAUCUAAAGCAGAUCAGAUUGGCGAUGAAGUGCUGGAUCCGUCAUCAAUGGAAGCUAGACGGCGACUACUCGACGCACAGUCCGGUGCAGGACUCAUGGGAGGUGGUGACUCACUAGAUCUGGCAUCACUAGAAGCUAGACGGCGACUACUCGACGCACAGUCCGGUGCAGGACUCAUGGGAGGUGGUGACUCACUAGAUCUGGCAUCACUAGAAGCUAGACGGCGACUACUCGACGCACAGUCCGGUGCAGGACUCAUGGGAGGUGGACUCAUGGGAGGUGGUGACUCACUAGAUCUGGCAUCACUAGAAGCUAGACGGCGACUACUCGACGCACAGUCCGGUUCAGGACUCAUGGGAGGUGGUGACUCACUAGAUCUGGCAUCACUAGAAGCUAGACGGCGACUACUCGACGCACAGUCCGGUUCAGGACUCAUGGGAGGUGGUGACUCACUAGAUCUGGCAUCACUAGAAGCUAGACGGCGAUUACUCGAUACACAAUUUGGUGCAGGUCUCACGGGCGAUGGUGAACCGCUAGACCAAUCAACAUUGGAAGCAAAAAGGCGACUACUUGAUGCGAAAUACGGAGGAGGAUUUAUGGGUGCUGGUGGUGACUCUCUGGAUCCGGCUUCAUUGGAGGCCAGACGGCAACUACUCGGGGCACAGUAUGGCGCGGGUCUCGUGGGUGAUGGUGACUCGCUAGACCUGGCAUCACUUGCGGCUAGACGGCAUUUAUUAGAUGGAAAAUAUGGCCCAGGACUCAUAGGUGGUGGUGAAUCAUUGGAUCCGGCAUCAUUGGAAGCUAGACGUCGACGACUCGGUACACAAUAUGGCGCGGAACUCAUGGGUGGUGGUGAAGCAAUGGACCCGGUAUCAAUGGAAGCUGAGCGGGACGUACUCACUAGGAGGUACCGAGAAGAAAUGAUGACAUCAGAUGGAAUUCCGGGUGGUGUAAUCGAUCCCACAACUCGCGCCAUGUUGAGGCAUCUUGCUGCAGAGAAAGCCAAACGACGAUCAGAAGCUUUGAAAUCUUCCGACCCGGAGAAUUGGAUGGAUGUGGAAAUUAUUGAGGACCAUAUGAAUUCCAUAGGCGAAAAUCAAUACAUGGAUGAGGUACGGAGGCGUCCAGUAACCGUGGAGGAUCUUGCCUUUGAACAAAGUACUUUAGAUAGAGCAGAUCGCUCUCUCCGAACCAAGGUGUCCAUGCCACAUCAAAGGAGAAGUUCAUUACAUACCACGAGAGGAAUGGGCGCUUUUGCAGUGAGCGGUGAUCAACCUUUGGCAGACGCCACUUUGGAUAAAUCCGCCGGAUUCAGGGCAACUGGAAGAGCGCACCGUGGGUUCGGUCGCGAUGUUGGCAGUCGAAUAGGUGAUGAAAUUUACCGACAAGAUGCUGACGCUCUAUCGAAAUCACCAAGCAUCUCAGAUUCGCGUGACACUUUCGGUAGAUUCCGAGUGAGAGGAAGUGAAAUGGAUAGUAUUAUUGAUAAAUACGACUAUGGCACAAUGGGACUAGCUGAUCCUUCAGUUUGGGACCUUACUCAGUCAUUAGACACAAAGACACACACCUUUUUGACUGAUGCAAUGGAUUCCACGGUGUUUGAUAGUGAUGAUGAUCGCCGAGUUGCAGAAGCUCCACCAGAAGCAUUACGAAAGCGUAGAGAUUCAUCUAGUGGUAUCGCCAGGUCACCGCAUACAUUCGAAAGAUUUGGGUCCGGAGAAGGCCAGAUCGAUCGUAGAAGUCGCAGGUUUGGGAAAUAUGAUCCCAGCAUCGGCGCAAUGGAUGUUUUUCCGGUUGAAGGCUUCGCCAAGUCUCCAAGAGCCCUUGAUUUGGCAUCGGGUGCACCAUCAUGGGAUGAAGAACAGACCGCUUUAGGUACAAAAACUGAACAGUAUGUUAGACAACAACAGAUAGCGAGCCGGCGUGGAGGUACAAGAAUGCAAAAGGGGCUUGAUAAAGAUGCUGAGAUGUUAUUCGGUGACUCCGUCACACCGGAUGGGUUUGGUCAGCGCAGCACUGAUAGUGAAAGCACUCUUCGCCUCACGCGUUUCCGCAAAGGAUUCUCUACAUCCCCCAGCGACAGUGCUAUAUUGCAUAGCAUCAGUGAAGGACAACGACGUCGAUUAACCUUCCCNCCCCUGAUGAUCGACAGUUGGGUCAUAGUUGUGAGGAGUGAUUAUGACCACGUGGGAAGUCUAGGCAGUGGUCUUCGACAACCUCGUGUACCUGCUGAGGGUUAUUCGCUCAGCGAAACAGGAUCACAAGGAUCAAGUUGGAUGCAAACCCGUGUAGGGACAGCCGGGCAACUUGGCGAUCCUACAGCAUCUACAUUCAGUCAAGCUGGUCAAGCUGGUGGUCUCGAUUCAAAUGCAUUUGGAGUCUCCACAUAUGCGGGCGCGAUACCGCACUCCCAUAGAGAGAAAGCUUCCCAACAAUUGAUACCAUCUGCUGGAAGAAGGCGAAGAGAAUUUCAGGAAAGGUUACUGACAAAUAGAGAAGGUGGAUCAGCUCUGUCAGACCUGCUAACUGCGGAUGUUCCUUUGGGUACUGGCAGGACUGGAAAAGAUAGGAUGGGUAGAGGUAUUUCAUUGGAAAUGGAUUAUUCUACGUUUGGUACCUCGACCGAUUCAAUCAUGGCAGGACUAGGUGUAAAAGCAUCCUCUCCUGAUGGUCGAAGAGGACCUCCAUCUUCAAGAGCAGAUGAGAUUGAAAAAUAUAAGCCAGGUUUUGGCCGUGGUCAUCUGCCAUACAAUUUGUUCUCGAAAUCCGCCGAGGGUGAUGUAGAAAGUGACAGUACAGUUGGACAACAAUCUGGCAAAGCAACAACUGCAAUAACAGGUAGAACACGUGGACAUCCACUUACGGGAUACCACGUAUCACACUCGGCACUGCAACCUGAAUCAGAUCAGUGGUCUGGCAGAUCGUUUCCCAUGACGAAAGAUGGCAUGCGAGCGAGAACUCUCCAGACGGACAGUGGAAUGAANCCCGCCGAGGGUGAUGUAGAAAGUGACAGUACAGUUGGACAACAAUCUGGUUUCGUUGAUCACCUAGCAACAACUGCAUCAGCUUCCAGAACACGUCGACAUUCACUUCCGUUCCAGCGAUACCACGUAUCACACUCGGCACUGCAACCUGAAUCAGAUCGGUGGUCUGGCAGAUCGUUUCCCAUGACGAAAGAUGGCAUGCGAGCAAGAACUCUCCAGACGGACAGUGGAAUGAAAUCUGUUGAUCGUGGCCAGUCUGGUUUAGACUUUGAUUUUCCACGUGAAGAUAGUUCUGUUGAAAACUGGAAGGUGUUAGGUUACAGUUCCCAAAAGGAUUAUAUUCGAUCUAGGAGUAGCUCGUCUUUGAUGCAAAAUGAUGAGAUGCUAGCGUACGUGAGACCAGAAAGUGUUAUAUCUAAAUCUUUGUGGCGGUAUGACAGCGGGUCAAGGAGCUUCCGACUACCUUAUCCACCAAUCGAUUUAGAUUCGAUCGGACAACAGCGUUACCAAAGUAUGGUAACCAGUUCUUCAAGCAUUUCCCAAAGUUUGGCAGAACUGGACUCAUCGUUUGGAAUUCAUGCACAAGACCGGACUACCAUUAAAGCAGCAAAACCUGUCACAAUAGAUACCAGACUUGGAACAAUGGCGCAGAGCUGGCCAGUUACCGAUGAUUCUGCUACCGCUCAAAGAACCGUGGCUGCUUCUUGGACCAACUAUCUUAAACAUGAUCAUGCAAAACAACUGGCAAUGGCGAAAAAACGCGAGAAAACGCGUAGAGCUCAGCAACUUGGUCGAGUGAUUCUCGAACCGAAUCUGAUCAAAUUACCGGGUGUCAUGACAGCACGAUGUCCAUCAAUGACUACCUCAUCAGCUAGGGACUAUACACCAGCAGCUAUCACAUGGAUUCGAGCCCCAUCAAUCCGUGAUCUGAAUGAAGGGAAUAAAGAAGAGAUCAUUCAUUUUUCAACAAAAUCUCGCAUGAUUAAAGCUCUAUCGAAACGGGAUAAAAUGAAUGAGCGAAGUUACAUUUAUCCACCACAAAAGUGGAGCGAUUCGCACACAUUAGAUAUUAUGAGACUCGGUUUGGAAGACUACGGUUUCUACAUGUGCGUUACCUCAUUCACAUCGAUCAAAAAUCCACAAAUCAGCCUCAACGUGACCAAAAGAUCGGAGUAUCCGUUAUGCAUCAUGCCUGAAAACGAACCGCCAAUAAUUAGCCUUAAAGGAAAUUCCACAACCAGUAAGGAUGACACAUGCUAUCCACCAAAUUCGACUUUACUGAUUGAAUGCCAAGCUCCUGCAUAUCAAAUGUUUUGUGAAAAGACAGACCAGGAUACACACGGUGUUCGUCUAAUCGAUACGGUACUCACAGCUCAUUUGCAUGUCAUUGGUCCGGGAGUGAACAUGCGCAAAACGGAAGUCACAGCAGAAGUCAAUAGACUAACUCCGUUAGAAUUGCCUGGUUCUACUGGAUCCACACAAAGAAUCACUAAAUUAUGGACUAUUCAACUCAAAGAAGAAUAUGAUCGUGCCUAUGUGACGUGUAACAUGAAUCCCAUGGUUACUCAAUCACCGCCCGGUGAUGUAAGCUACAUUCCGUGGUUAGUUGAUGAGAUCAACGAAAAUCAAAAAGGCCACUUCACUAGACGAUCAUCAGCUUUGCAAAUUUGCGUAUCUUCCGGUCCUCAACGAAUACAAUUUGACCCGAAUCCGCGAAACGGAACGACGGAGGAGAACGUAACGAUCGUUGAAAUGACUACGAAUCAAAUGAUCACGUGUACAAUUUAUGGUGUCGUAGAUGAUCAGCCACGGAUCUCUGUCUAUCCCAUUCUGCCGGGUAAAUCUGAACUGGCACAAUCACUAGGUUUGAAGCAAAUAGAUGAUUGGUUGAACAAAGCAGACUAUCCUCUACGAUGGCCUUCUUAUUCGGAAAGAAGAAAAGCCCGAUUACUUAUACCAUCAGGCGGCUUCACUUCGAGAAAACAUCUUGUGUUCUAUCUGAUUAUGGAAACAGCCCUAUUCUCAUGCGAGGAUAGUUGA